CCCAGAGUACUCCGCGCGGGGGCAGCUCACUGGAGUUUGGUUCUCGAGGCGGCGGCAGCAAGCGGUGGCGGCUCCGGCGGCUCCUCCUCCUCCUUCGGUGGCGGCGGCGGCCCGGGACCGAGACCCGGCCCCGGCUCCCCUCUUCGCCACCCCGCGCGCCCCUAACCCCCCGGCGCCGCGGGGAACAUGCGGCUCCGGCUCCCGGAGGCCGGCGAGUGAGUGACCCCCGUCCCCCGCCUCAGCCCGCCCGCCCGCUGGCCCGGCCGCAACCCCCCGCCUCGCCCAGGCAAUGACAGCGGCUCCGGCGUCUCCGCAGCAGAUCAGGGACCGGCUGCUGCAGGCCAUCGACCCCCAGAGCAACAUCCGGAACAUGGUGGCGGUGCUGGAAGUCAUCUCCAGCCUGGAGAAAUACCCCAUUACCAAAGAGGCACUUGAGGAAACACGACUUGGGAAGCUCAUCAACGACGUCCGCAAGAAAACCAAGAACGAGGAGCUCGCCAAGCGGGCCAAGAAGCUGCUGCGGAGCUGGCAGAAGCUCAUCGAGCCAGCGCACCAGCAUGAGGCAGCGCUGCGGGGGCUGGCGGGGGCCACUGGCUCUGCCAACGGGGGUGCACACAACUGCCGGCCGGAGGUGGGGGCGGCUGGCCCGCCCAGGAGCAUCCAUGACCUGAAAAGCCGCAAUGACCUCCAGAGGCUGCCCGGGCAGCGGCUGGACAGGCUGGGCAGCCGCAAGCGCCGGGGUGACCAGCGUGACCUCGGCCACCCAGGGCCGCCACCUAAGGUCUCCAAAGCUAGCCACGAUCCCCUGGUCCCCAACUCAUCCCCCCUCCCCACCAAUGGGAUCAGUGGGAGUCCAGAGAGCUUCCCUGGCUCCCUGGAUGGCAGUGGGCAUGCAGGCCCAGAGGGCGGUCGCCUGGAGCGUGGCGAGAAUGACAAGCACAGUGGCAAGAUCCCCGUCAACGCUGUGCGGCCGCACACCAGCUCCCCGGGCCUGGGCAAGCCCCCUGGACCCUGCUUGCAGCCAAAGGCUUCGGUGCUGCAGCAGUUGGACAGGGUGGAUGAGACUCCGGGGCCUCCCCACCCCAAGGGGCCCCCUCGCUGCUCUUUCAGUCCUCGGAACUCACGGCAUGAGGGCUCCUUUGCCCGGCAGCAGAGCUUGUAUGCACCCAAGGGCUCUGUGCCCAGCCCCUCACCGCGGCCCCAGGCGCUCGAUGCCACACAGGUGCCAUCACCGCUUCCACUGGCACAACCGUCCACACCCCCUGUACGGCGGCUUGAGCUGCUGCCCAGUGCGGAAAGCCCAGUGCGCUGGCUUGAGCAGCCGGAAAGCCACCAGCGGCUGGCGGGGCCGGGCUGCAAGGCAGGGCUGUCCCCAGCCGAGCCCCUCCUGUCCCGGGCGGGCUUCUCCCCAGACUCCUCCAAGGCGGACAGUGACGCUGCCUCCUCAGGGGGCUCGGACAGUAAAAAGAAGAAGAGGUACCGGCCUCGAGACUACACAGUUAACUUGGACGGGCAGGUGGCUGAGGCGGGCGUCAAGCCUGUCCGGUUAAAAGAGCGGAAGCUCACCUUUGACCCCAUGACAAGACAGAUCAAACCUCUGACCCAGAAAGAGCCAGUGCGGGCAGACAGCCCUGUGCACAUGGAGCAGCAGUCCAGGACAGAGCUGGACAAGCAGGAGGCCAAGGCCAGCCUCCAGAGCCCCUUUGAACAGACGAACUGGAAGGAGCUGUCACGCAACGAGAUCAUCCAGUCCUACCUGAGCCGGCAGAGCAGCCUGCUCUCAUCGUCGGGCGCGCAGACCCCGGGGGCUCACCACUUCAUGUCUGAGUACCUGAAGCAGGAGGAGAGCACCCGGCAAGGGGCCAGGCAGCUGCACGUGCUGUUGCCUCAAAGCCCGCCCACAGACCUCCCCGGGCUGACCCGGGAUAUCACACAGGACGAUCUCGACAGAAUCCAGGCCAGCCAGUGGCCGGGGGUGAAUGGGUGUCAGGACACACAGGGUAACUGGUAUGACUGGACGCAGUGCAUAUCGCUUGAUCCGCACGGCGAUGACGGGCGCUUGAACAUUCUGCCUUAUGUCUGUUUGGACUGACCGGCCCGUCAGCCACGAAGUGCAUUCCCAUCUUGCAGAAGCCGGGCAGGCGGGCAGGCAGGUGGGCGGGUGGCCGGGGCCCAGCUGCCUCCUGUGCUGGGAACUCGGGGAGUCCAGCCCGGGCAGGAGGGAGGGGGCGGGAGUCACGCGGUCUCUCUGCACUCUUCCCUCAAAACUCUCCUUUUGUGAAAUGCUGCUACCAGUUUACUAACAAAAUUGCGAAGGAAGGACCGCGUGGAAGGAAGGACGGCAAAGUGAGUUCAGAACUCUAUAGCAAACCAGCUAUAAAAAGCGUUAGUCCCUCACCCCUGAAGAGGUGCGGACACUUUCCAGCACCUGAAAGCUGGGACCUCAGUUGCAGGCAGGCACAGAAAACCUGUGGAGAGGUUACCUUUAACACAGCAACAGAAGCACGCAUCUCAUUUCUCUUGCAUUUUCUGUUCUUUAAUUUGGCCCUGAGUGUCUGUGAGACAGUGGGCCAUGCUGCCUCUGUUUGCUCCCUACUCAGCCACUGUCAGGUCAGUGUUGUCCGUCAUGUGCCAGAAGCUUCUCAGCUGUAGUGAGCCACUGGCAUUGGGCAGGCGGGCCAGCUGGCCAGCCAGGGUGACCCACACUCCAUGGGCAGCCACCUGUUUAUAUCUGGUUUCAGUUAUAACCCCGUUUUUAAAGAAAUGCUGCAAAAAUUUAAGUUUUUUCAUGUUUAUUUUAACAACUUCCAUCAGACCACCAGACAAAAAAAAAACCUUUCCUUUCUUCCUCCCUUUCUUUUUUCCCUUCCUAUACACAUCUAGAAAACUUCACCUUUCUAGAGUCCUCCCAAAACAACACAAAAGUUACCGUGGGUGCUACUGGUUUUAUGCUGUACUGUGGGGCGAGGGGGAAGACCUGUCUGUACGCUGGAAACACUCAUAACCAUUCCUUUAGAUUCGUUUGCCUUAUGGUUAUUUGUCAUAAACGCGAUUUGCAAAAACAAGGAGCCUUAGUGAAUGUACAGUACCUAGACUUCUGUGUUCUCAGGACGCAGAAGGGAGCAACUUUGCUAUUUGGUCCAGUAAGUGGACACCUUGUGAUAUAAAUGUGGAAAUAAAAAAAAAAAAAAAACAUUUGCACAAA